AUGAUUGGAACACUAUCGAAAACCUUGUCGAAUACUACGUGUUCAUCAAGUAUCUCCACUCCGCCAUCAUCACCGCUAAAUCUCCGUCGUUCGACAUUUCAUACACUCGCACGGCGCUUGUCCGACUCGAAAAACGACUUUUUCCAACAAAUUCCUUAUCAUCAACAGCAAUUAUCAAGUUUGAAAAAACGUGCGAAAAGCUUACUAACAUCAUCAUCUGUGAUUGAUCAUUUUAAACCAGAUAGACAACAUACUUCGACCGCGAUCAUCAGUGUUGAUGAAAUUUAUCGACGCAUUAAUGCAACACAUGCGAAUAAUGCAUACACAUCUGAUCCGGGCAUUCCGCCACCUAAAUUUCUCCAACCGUCGACGUUAAUCGAUGAAGAACAGUCGAAACAAAUUUUACUUGAACUGCCUGCGCGUGUGCACGGUCUCAAUUGGCAAUUGAUAUUCAGUACUGAAGCUCAUGGAUUUAGUUUAAAUCAACUCUAUCGUCGAUCAAUGGAAGUCGAUCAAGAUUCACCCGCAUUACUUAUUGUUAAAGAUAUCGAGCAGAAUACUUUCGGUGCGUAUAUUUCGCAACAAUUAAUGAUCAGUGACGGCUUUUAUGGAACUGGCGAAUCGUUUCUGUUCACAUUUCAUCCGAAAUUUCAAGUGUUCCACUGGACCGGCAAUAAUCAAUUUUUUGUCAAGGGUGAUGUGAAAUCACUUGGUAUCGGUAGUGGAGAAGGAACAUAUGGUCUAUGGCUUGACGCUGACUUGUAUCACGGUCGUACAUGCCGAAGUAAAACAUUCGACAAUGUUCAACUAUCGUCGAAAGAAGAUUUCAUCAUCGCCAGCGUAGAAGUUUGGACCUUUGUCGAUUAG